AUGACAGUGGCCCGGGUAGGCAGGAAGGAGGUGGAAGGGGCCGCAGCCCCCACCACCCCCCACCAGAGCAGGGCCUCAGCGCCAGCCCUGUGCUCAGAACCCUUCCAGCAACGCUCCGUGGAGCCGAUGUCCCCCUCCACCCACAGGCAGGCCCUGGUGCAAGGCUCCCCCGGAGCAGCCCCUGGACCGCUGUGCGGCGCGGGCCGGACCCAGCUGCCAGCAGCUCCCAAGGUGCAGCGUGUCCUUGAGACCGUGGGUGUGGCAGGUCCUGCUCGCAUCUCUGCUCUAUGUGACCGGCGACCUGGACCGCAUCAUCAGUACUGGGCUGACGACACAGACGGGGCUGGCGACUCAGACGACACAGACGGGGCCGGAGAUUCAGACGACACAGACGGGGCCGGCGACUCGGACGACACAGACGGGGCCGGCGACUCAGACGACACAGACGGGGCCGGAGAUUCAGACGACACAGACGGGGCUGGCGACUCAGACGACACAGACGGGGCCGGCGACUCAGACGACACAGACGGGGCCGGAGAUUCAGACGACACAGACGGGGCUGGAGAUUCAGACGGGGCUGGCGACUCAGACGACACAGACGGGGCCGGCGACUCAGACGACACAGACGGGGCCGGAGAUUCAGAUGACACAGACGGGGCCGGCGACUCAGACGACACAGACCGGGCCGGCGACUCAGACGACACAGACGGGGCCGGAGAUUCAGACGACACAGACCGGGCCGGCGACUCAGACGACACAGACCGGGCCGGAGAUUCAGACGACACAGACGGGGCCGGCGACUCAGACGACACAGACGGGGCCGGCGACUCAGACGACACAGACGGGGCCGGUGACUCAGACGACACAGACGGGGCCGGAGACUCAGACGACACAGACCGGGCUGGCGACUCAGACGACACAGACGGGGCCGGCGACUCAGACGACACAGACGGGGCCGGAGACUCAGACGACACAGACGGGGCCGGCGACUCAGACGACACAGACGGGGCCGGAGACUCAGACGACACAGACAGGGCUGGCGACUCAGACGACACAGACGGGGCCGGAGACUCAGACGACACAGACGGGGCCGGUGACUCAGACGACACAGACGGGGCCGGAGACUCAGACGACACAGACGGGGCCGGAGACUCAGACGACACAGACGGGGCCGGAGACUCAGACGACACAGACAGGGCUGGCGACUCAGACGACACAGACCGGGCUGGCGACUCAGACGACACAGACGGGGCUGGCGACUCAGACGACACAGAUGGGGCCGGAGAUUCAGAGAGAAUGACGCUGAAGCCAGGCUGUCUGGGACCGAAUGUCACAGAGAAAGUGGGUGAUUGCAGCCGAACUGGACAUCUCAGAGUGGUCAGUUAG